GUGAAGCAGUCCGACCAGGAAACCAAGACGAGAAAGACUGAGCGAGUUCAGACCGACCGAGAGAGGAGAAGCAGAAAAGAGUCCAGUCGGACCUUCAAAGCAGAGACUUUCAGCCUCCCGAUCUGAACCUGGGAUCUGGUUCCACAUGAGAGGAGCCUGAGAGCUGAGCGUCAGUCUGGAAGAGGUUGAACAGGUUUGUUUUGUUGCUGGUUUCCGUCUCAGCUGACUGAAGAUGAGUGAUGUGGAUGAAGAGGAGGACAGACCAGAGUCUGUGGACAGACACACAGCAGAGCCUUCAGGAAUAAACAGGCUGUCUCUGGAGAGUGACCGGUCCAAAGACUUUCCACCAGUCUUCAGUGGUGAACCUGGACCUUCAGACACAGAACACACUGCAGAGUCUCCAGGAUGCAUCAGAUUGUCUCUGAAGAGUGACCGCUCCAAAGAUUUCCCACCAGUCUUCAGUGGUGAACCUGGACCUUCAGACACAAAAGAGAAGAGGAGUGAUGUGGGACACCAGGUCUGCAGACAUUGCAGCAGCUCAUACCGGGACCAGGGUUCUUCAUCAGGAGCCUCCUGCUGUCCUCAGUGUGCAGAAAGAUCCAGAAGCAGAGCUGCACUAAGUGUGGGUCUGCAGCAGCUUCUAGAAGAACAUAAGAAGAGUCUGAGGAGGAGAUGUGAACAUGUGACUGAAGGAAGUGAUGAAGCAGGAGGAGGAAGCCUCCUCAACAGGAUCUACACUGAGCUCCACAUCACAGAGGAACACAGUGAGGAGCUUCAGAGGGAACCUGAGCUGAAUCAUCUGGAGACAGCUUCCAGGAAGGAGAGCCUCCAUCACACUGCCAUCAGGGUUCAGGACAUCUUCAAAGCCGCGGCCCAGCAGCACAGACACAUCCGAGUGGUUCUGACCAGCGGCGUGGCCGGCAGCGGAAAAACCUUCUCGGUGCACAAGUUCAGUCUGGACUGGGCCGAGGGCCUGGAGAACCAGGAUGUGGGGGUGCUGGUGGUGCUCUCCUUCAGGGAGCUGAACCUGCUGGGAGAGCGGCCGUACAGCCUCCUCUCGCUGCUGGCUGUUUUCCAUCCCACGCUCCAGAAGCUGACGGCAGAGGAGCUGGCUGUCUGCAAGCUGCUCUUCAUCUUUGACGGUCUGGAUGAAAGCAGACUGUCUCUGGACUUCAGCAGCAGCCGGCGGCUGCUUGACAUCUCCCAGCAGUCUUCAGUCGGCGAGCUGCUCACUAACCUCAUCCGGGGGGAUCUGCUGCCCUCGGCUCGGGUCUGGAUCACUUCCCGACCGGCGGCGGCCCAUCAGAUCCCUCCAACAUGUGUGGACAGACUGACAGAAGUGCGAGGCUUCACUGACGCCCAGAAGGAGGAGUACUUCAGGAGGAGGCUGAGUGAUGAGGAGCUGAGCAGCAGGAUCAUCUCCCACAUCCAGACCUCCAGGAGCCUCCACAUCAUGUGUGGAAUCCCAGUCUUCUGCUGGAUCACUGCUACAGUUCUGGAGCACAUGUUGAGCAGCGAGCAGAGAGGAGAGCUGCCCCAGACCCUGACUGACAUGUACUCCCACUUUGUGCUGGUUCAGACACACAGGAAGAAGCUCAAAUACCAUGAAGGACAUAAAAUGGGUCAGAGAAAGAUGACAGAGGCUGACAGGGAGCUUCUUCUGAAGCUGGGCAGGAUGGCCUUGGAACAUCUGGACACAGGAAACAUCCUGUUCUACCAAGAAGACCUGGAGCAGUGUGGUCUGGAUGUGACUGAGGCCUCGCUGUACUCUGGAAUCUGUACUCAGAUCUUCAAAAGAGAGUCAGUUAUCUUCCAGAAAGCCGUCUACAGCUUCGUCCAUCUGAGUGUUCAGGAGUUUCUGGCUGCAGUCUCCAUGUUCCACUGUUUCACCAACAGGAAGACUAAGUCUUUUACUGACAAAAUGUCAAAGUUAUUGAGAAACCAAGAUGCUUUCCCAUCUCUAGACGACUUCCUGAAGGUCGUCCUGCAGAAAUCUCUCAGAAGUCAGAACGGCCACCUGGAUCUGUUUGUCCGCUUCCUUCAUGGUCUUUCUCUGAAAUCCAACCAGAGACUCCUUGAAGGUCUUCUUGGUCAGACAGAGAUCAGUCCAGGAACCAUCCAGAGAGUCAUCAAGAACCUGAAGGAGAUCAACAGUGAGGAAGUGUCUCCUGAGAGAAGCAUCAACAUCUUCCACUGUCUGAUGGAGCUGAAGGACCUCUCAGUACAUCAGGAGAUCCAAGAGUUCCUCAAGUCAGAGAACAGAUCAGAGAAGGAACUCUCUGAGAUCCACUGCUCAGCUCUGGCCUACAUGCUGCAGAUGUCAGACCAGGUCCUGGAGGAGUUGGACCUGAAGAAGUACAAGACAUCACGGGAGGGACGGUGGAGACUGAUCCCAGCUGUGAAGAACUGCAGGAAGGCUGAUCUUUCUGGAUGUGAACUCUCUGACUCUCACUGUGAAGUGAUCUCCUCAGCUCUGAAGUCUGACCCCUCCCAUCUGAAACAUCUGGACCUGAGUUACAACAUCCUGGAGGAUUCAUCAGUGAAGACUGUGUGUUCUGGACUGGAGAGUCCAAACUGUAACCUGGAGACUCUGAGGUUGAAUUUCUGCAGUUUAUCAGAGAUCAGCUGUUCUUCUGUGGCCUCAGCUCUGAAGUCCAACCCCUCCCUCCAGAAACAUCUGGAACAUCUGGACCUAAGUCGGAACCACCUGCAGGAUUCAGGAGUUGAGCAGCUGUGUGGUUUUCUGCAGAGUCCACUCUGUGGUCUGCAGACUCUGAGGUUGGAGCACUGCAGUUUAUCAAAGAACAGCUGUUCCUCCUUGACCUCAGCUCUGAAGUCCAACCCCUCCCUCCUGAAACGUCUGGACCUGAGUGGUAACAAGCUGCAGGAUUCAGGAGUUGAGCAGCUGUGUGGUUUUCUGCAGAGUCCACUCUGUGGUCUGCAGACUCUGAGGUUGGUUCAGUGCAGUUUGUCAGAGGUCAGCUGUUCUUCUCUGGCCUCAGCUCUGACGUUCAACCCCUCCCACCUGAAAGAUCUCGACCUGAGUGACAACCAGCUGCAGGCUCCAGAUGUGCAGCAGCUAGUUGCUCUUCAGAAGAGUCCAAACUGCAGCCUGCAGACUCUGAGGUCAGUAGAUGGUUGGAGUGAGUCCAUGCUGCUUCCAGCAGGUGGAAGGACUAUUGGGAGCAACGAGGACGAUAUGUCUCCUUAAGAUCUACUGAGAGCAGAGCUUCAUCCAGCAGUGAGUGACAGAAGAACCACCAGAAGAUCUACUGAGUGUCAGUGGUGCAGUGUGAAGAGCUGUGAGAGCCCAGCAUCAAACCAGGGCUCCUCUGGAUGUGACAAAGAACCUUUGCUUCAUUGACUGAACUUCCUUCUGCUCUUCACUCUCCUCCUCCUCCUCCUGUUCCUCGUCUUCAUAACUUCUUCUUACCUCAGAUUUUUACAUCAAUAACCUGCCAAUGUUGUUACAUUACAUUACAAAUCCUAUCAUUCUGAGAGAUGUUAUCGACUCACAACUUUUCACCUCACAGUGUGAAUCUUGGGAACAAUGCAUACAACUUAUAUGGGAGCAAAUCCCAAGACUGCAAUGAAAAGAAUUAUUCCUCUCUAUGGGCUCUUCACACCAGCCCUGUAAAAUCCAGAUUUUAAACCAAUUCAGGACUUUCUGAUAAAACCGUCAUCAUUAUGCAUGUGUGAAAUACCCCCCCCCCCCCCACUAAAGAUCCAGAUCUUUCAACUGAGCUCUGGACCACCUGAAGAGGCUGGUCUCGGAAGACUUUAGAGUCUUCCAGCAGACCUUCCAACAGCUCCAGAAGACAGACGUGGAGCACAAUACCUUAGAGUAGCAAAAUAAAGAAAGCCAACAGUGCAGUCAGAAGAAGCAGACACACAAAGAAAAACUUCAGAAUUGUCUCGUGGAAAGGAAGCACAGAUGGUCGGAAGAAUCACAGUUGUUUGUUAUUAGCCGCUAGCUGGCUGCUGGGGUGGGACCUCCGGUUUUGGUCCGCACUAAUCAAAUAAGCCGGAUUUCUUCUUCUGCCUGUCUGGUCGGUGUUCAUUUUGGCCAUCAGCGGCCCCAAGCGAGCAGCUGCUGUAAUUGUGUUGUCUUGCUUUAUCAUACCGAAGCAGACAAGGUGAAUGCUGUCCAUGUCAUGUUUUUGUCAUGUCAUGUCAUCUCUCCACGCAACCAACACUGCCUAGCAUUCUGGGUAAUGGAGUUCUUUAUAACAUUCAUAAUAACACAGUAAUUGCACGAUGUUGUCCAUGUGUUGAUCAUUCAAUGGUCUGCUUUCAACAGUGCAGUGUGCAACAGGCCCAACCAGAGGAAGGUGUGAAAAUACCUGAUAUUGUUCAAGAAAAUCUGGUUGUUUUUGAACAAGGAGCUAAAGAUGGUAAAUUGAAUUAAUAAAUCAAAAUGGUCACCCUACCUCAGCUCUUGUACAUUUUUCAACAGAUUCCUAUAUUUUUAUGCAAUUAAUUUUUUCUCAGUCUUGACAAGCUGGUAAACUCAUUCCUUUGGUACAAUAAAGACUCAUAUUUAGAAGAUUCUUCACCUCCCAAAGGUCAAGAGUGGCCGAGCGCUGCCAAGCUUCCGUCAUUACUACUGGGUGUGUAACAUCAAUAAACUCGGAACUCAAAAUCUGUACAUGGUGUGUUUCCACAAUGGGUGCACACGGAGAGAUCCUCAUCUAACCUGGCUGUGGUCAGCAGUGUGCUCCCAGUUACCUCCUUCAUAGGCCCAAUUGUGGCAACUCCUUAAAAAAACUGGAGACAGUUCAGGAACACCUUGUCCAAUAUGGGUUAUCUCGUUUUUUUUCCCCAUCUAUCAUAACCAUAACUUCCUACCUGCUCCAACCCAACAUUUUUUGACUGGUAUUAAAAGGGACUGUUGUCCAUUGAGAUCCUUUAAUAUUUAUGAACAUUUUUUUCCCCAGUUUUCAGUCUUGAUUGUCAAAUUUCAUCUUCCAAACUCCAUAAUUGUCAUUAUUUCAAGAUUAGGCAUUUUGGUAAAACCUUCAUUUCCUUAAACAGCCCUUAGACUCCUUUCUAUCUUCAGAGACAGACUCUACAAAAUGAAUCGUUAUCAUUUAUGAUUAGUUCUCUGCGUUAAAUCCAGCCCGGCUGGACGCCCUUUGAGCUGUGUGGAGUCAGGACUGCUAUUACUGAUGAUCGAUGGAAUUACGUGAAGACUCUGGUACACAUGUCCUCUGUGCAUGCAAGACACUGCUUACUUCAAUGCAAUGUCUUGCAUAGGCGCCACUACAUCAAUGCAAAGCCAGCAAAGAUUUACCUGCAUAGAUGUGACUCCUGUAACAGAUGUACACAUUCACCAGUAAAGACAUGUUCUUGUCCGGUCCGAGGCUGUCUCUGUUCUGGUCAGAGAUAUUUAACACACUUGGAAGGUCUUGGGUAGCAUGAUCGAUUCCGACCUCCUACCAGCCCCCUUUGGAGUCCCAUGAAACACUGACAUGCCGAACACCUCGACAUAAGACAUAGCCUUUCCUUCUUCACUCAUCAGAAGGCUCAUCCUUCUGAAAUGGAUACAUCGGCUCCUUCCGACCCACAGCGACCGGUUACAUGUAAUUCUAUGCUGUAUCAGUCUUGAGAGAUUUAAUUCUCCCUUUGAGGUUCCGUGAAAAUCUUUAACGAAACUUAGCAACCUUUCAUUGACCACAUCUAGCCCUGCCACCCAAGCGCUGUGUGUGGUGUGUACAAUAAAUAUGUCUUUGAGAUAGGGAACAGAGUGGUUUCAGACCCAUUCUUCGCCUUGCACGUCACCACUAAAGGCCUCAGUAUAUUUCCCCGUCGUUCCUACGACGUAUACGCCGAGCCCUACGUCGGCCCUACGCUAGGGCUUGACGCGCACCUCCCAAAAAUUCUGACUUCGCGUCGAGGCGACGCGUGGUGACGUGAAUGUCGAGGGCUGUGAUUGGUCCGCUUUCGCAUUGUUUAUAGAAUUAAGUAGA